GCAUCAUAGCCCGCUGUUACCAUCACACGUUCACGUAAUACUCCCGUGAACAAGCUGACUUGUUGGAAAUGCUCGAGGAUCUCUCUGAUAGCACACUGGCUGUAAAUCGGUGGAAGGAAAAAAAAAGUGAAGCCGCACCAGGGGAUAAAAAAACAAAAACAAAUACUUAAACAGCAGACAGAGGGCUGGAUUAUUGAUUAUUACCAGUUUUACUUCAUUGAAGGUUGUGUUGUGACAGGACAUUCCCUGGCUAGGGCACGAGCUGCCAUGCCAUUUGGUUGUCUUACACUCGGGGAGAAGAAGGAUUACAACAAUCCCUCAGAGGUGACCGAGAAAUAUGACCUCGGACAAAUUGUUAAAUCAGAGGAGUUUUGUGAGAUAUUCCGGGCGAAGGAUAGGAACACCUUGAAAAUGUACACCUGUAAAAAGUUCCACAAAAAGGAUGGAAGAAAAGUGAGGAAAGCUGCCAAAAAUGAGAUAAUGAUCUUAAAGAUGAUAAAGCAUCAUAACAUCCUCCAGCUGGUUGACGCUUUUGAAACUAAGAAAGAGUACUUCCUUUUUCUGGAGCUUGCUACAGGCAGAGAGGUGUUUGACUGGAUCUUAGAUCAAGGAUACUACUCUGAGAGGGACACCAGUAAUGUUAUGAGGCAGGUGUUGGAAGCUGUAGCUUACCUGCACUCUCUGAAAAUUGUCCACAGAAAUCUUAAGCUGGAGAACUUGGUGUACUUUAAUCGUUUAAAGCACUCCAAAAUUGUUAUCAGUGACUUCCAGUUGGCAAAACUGGAAAAUGGACUCAUUAAGGACCCAUGUGGGACUCCAGAAUAUCUUGCUCCUGAGAUGGUUGGGAGGCAGAGAUAUGGCCGUCCUGUGGACUGCUGGGCCAUAGGUGUCAUCAUGUAUAUACUUUUGUCUGGAAACCCCCCUUUCUAUGAUGAUGCUGAUGAAGAUGAUGAUCGUGACAAGAACCUUUUCCUAAAGAUUUUGUCAGGGGACUAUGAAUUUGAUUCACCAUAUUGGGAUGACAUUUCAGAUUCUGCCAAAAACUUGGUGGCAUCUUUGAUGGAAGUGGACCAAGAUCAGCGAUUGACUGCACAGGAAGCCAUUGCCCAUGAAUGGAUUUCUGGAAAUGCUGCCUCAGACAAGAACAUCAAGGAUGGCGUUUGUGCACAAAUAGAAAAGAACUUUGCCAAAGCCAAGUGGAAGAAAGCUGUUAGAGUGACCACCCUCAUGAAGAGACUUCGAGCGCCUGAGCAGGGCGAUUCUGGGGCCUCCGGUUCAGCAGCUGACCCCAACACACCCGGUGGCGCUCCUGCUCCUCCAGCCGGCAGCAGCGAUAGUGUUGCCGCCAGCAUAAAGGCUGCUCUCACUGAAAAGGCUCCUGACACACAGACUGCCACCAUCUCUGCACUCUCCCUGCCCAGCGCAGCCAGACAGGAGGAGCAGACACAGGCACGGUGCAAUGGCGACGUUCCCCAAAUGUUGCCACAAAGAAAGGGAGACUAGGCAUCAAACAAAUACAAGAGGAGGACCCUUGCCAGCCAACAAGCACAUGUGCAGUAGAGCCAAUUUAUUUGGCAUGAUGAUACCAUGUCUAUGCUGUUCGACUAUCCCCCAGUUUGCAUAAUUAUUUCACAACACCAUGCAUUUCAUAAUUUUUGCCUCCUGUACUGAUUGGUCUAUUGAAUAGUGUUCUUCACUCUCCCUUGUUAUUUUGUGUACAAGUCCCUUUAAAGCUAGUUGCAAAGUAGCUCUUCUGUUGUUUCCUUUUCCCUGAAAACUGUAAAAACUCCUAGUGUAAUUUAGUGAAAUCAACUCAUCUUUACUCAUCAGCUCAUUGUAUAUAGGUGUAUUCGUCUGUUUCAACAAAUUGCUAGUUUUCAGCUUCAGAACUUACAACCCUAAGUUCAUGUCUUGUGACUUAAAAUUAUGAGUUGAAAGAUUUGGUAAACUGAUCAUAUUAAGAUUUGAAAAUAUUUAUUAUAUAUAACUAAAAAAUUUCAAAAAGGUAUAACACCUAUGACACACUGUCAAGUUAUUUGGUAACAAUCAGAUUUAAUUUAACACCCAGACUAGAUAUCUGCUGGUUUAUCUUUUAUGCAGUACAACUUCAGUCAACUUACAAUUUUACGGCAGCAAGAAAGCAUAUUUUUAAGUUUAAGUGCCUUAAUAUUUGUUGCAGUAAUGUACUGAAAUGUUUCAAAAGAAACAACUUGAUUAUAAUUGCUUACAGAUUUCUUUGAAAUGUUUUAGCUGUUUUCCUUUGCCCUUCUGUUUAGUUUUACGCUUCUGUAUUGAUACUUGUGUUCUGUCCUCUUUCACACUUCAAUUAAAACACAAAAAACUAAAUUUAGAGCAUUGAAUGUGCAGUGAUGUUUUAGCUGUUGUUGUUGUGUUGUCACUUGUAAUUAGUAAUUUCAGAGUUUAUAGCUGAGUCCAUAUACUGUACCACUAUGUAUAUUUGCAUUGUAUACAUGUGUAUUUUUUUAUUUAUGUGUGUAUUCAGCAACAUUUAGCUGAGCUAAUAGGUUGCUAUAACGCUUGUGAAUGAAUAAAAUGAGCAAUACUAA